UGGGGGAGUUGGCUGUAAGGCUUGUGGGGAGGGGUGGAAGAGACAUCACACACCCCUCACCCUCCCGCCUCUCUUCGCAUUCCGAAACCAAUCCCAAACUCCGGAAAGAGCCGAAACGAGCCGAAAGUCUGUCCGAGCGGAGCGCGGUCACGUGCUCCCGGGUCGGGCGAGCCUGCAGGGGGGAGACAGAGAGAAAAGUUUCAUCCAAAGUUGCCGGUGACCGGCCGCCCGCUUCACAGAGCCCUUGGGGAAAGCCUCUGCUGAGCUUAUUAAAGCAAUGUGCCUACGAAUUCCCACUGGCCGAGGUUGCUGAGACCAGGAGCUGGCUGAACGAGGAUAAUACUCCGCCUCUGGCAAGCCCAGCAUUGACUGCCCCUCCUUAAUUAUCCCGGGACUGAGUCAAUCGCAUGGGAAGUGUCUGGAGUUGCAUUUGAUCAGACGGGCUGUGUGACGGCGGCUGUUGUCGAGCUUCAGCCAUGGACUGAAUCCAUGCAUGUGCGAGUGUGUGCCAGGCACCAUGGCGUUCGAAGAUGGGACGAUGAGUGUCCAGGACUGGCUGGGCUUCCUCCAUCUGGAUCAGUACACAGAGCAGUUCAGGGACAACUCCUACCACCAGCUCUCCGACUGCUGGGAUCUCCGCGGUGAGGACCUCUCCCGCAUCGGGAUCCUGCUGCCCGGUCACCGGAAACGCAUCCUCUCUGCCCUGAGGAAGGGUUCUGUCGCCCACAGCCCCGGGCCCGAGUCACCGGGCCAACCACCCGCCUCCCCCGAACCCCCGCAGGCUGGCCGGGAGAAGCCCGUCCCCAGGAAGAGGACCGUCUACCCCUAUGGCCACUGCCCGUCCAAUGCUGCCGCCGGUGCGCGCCCUCCUGCCGAGAGGCCCCUGCCCUCGGUCCCGCCCGCGCAGGCAUCAGGCCGGCCGCCUGUUCCUCGGCCCCGGGACCUGACCAGAGCGCCCCCCGUCGGACACCGGACUCGGCCUGCGGAGCUGGGGGAGCGUCCCGUGAUGUUCCAGCGGGAUCUUCCUGUGCUCCUGCCCCGACAGGACAUGGAGACUAAGAGGCGGCCCCCACCGCUGCCGGCGAGGCCGCUGCCCAGGGCCCAGGUCUGGGCUCCUGCCGCGGAUUCCAGCACCACACCUAAAGUGUACUUGGAUGAUCUCAAGGCACGACGUCAGACCCCUCCACUGCUCGUACCACGGACCAAACUCUCGCUGCAGCCUCAGAGUGGCCUCAACCCUCCCCCAAAACAUCCCUUUGCCCUGCUGAAACAGAAAGGAUACGGUCCUAAUGCGGGCAAAUGGGAUUAGUGGAGAUGGACAAAAAGGUCGGCAUGGACGUGGUGGGCCGAAGGGCCUGUCUCUGUGCUGUACAACUCUGAAUAUCUAUGAUUAUGACUACUUUGCUGUCGUGACUCGGGAACUCGGACGCUCUGAUGUUGAGGUUUGACGUGGAGGAGGUGCUGGCUCAAAGUACAGGGUGGUGGGUGCAGUUUCUCCUGGAAGAGGAACCAACGUCUUUGUGGGUGGGCUUCACAUCACGUACGAGCUGGUCAGUGACUUCUUCUGUGGGUCGAGUGAGUGCCCCAACACCCUUUGGCUCACUCGAAUAUGGAGCCAAGAUAUCUGUGCCCACGGCCAGAAUGAACUCCUGCCUGAGCAAGGACCUGGACCCGCUGCAAUUUGCCUACCGUCACAACUGGUCUACAGCGGACGCAAUCUCACUGGCUCUACACUUGGCUUUGGAGCACCCAGACAACAGCAAAACAUACGUCAGGCUGCUGUUUAUCGAUUACGGCUCGGCGUUCAACACCAUCAUCCCCUCAGUUCUGAGCAACAAGCUUCAAAACCUGGUCCUCUGUACCUCCCUUUGCAACUGGAUCUUUGACUUCCUUAUCGGGAGACCACAGUCAGUGUGGAUCAGUAGUAACAUCUCCUCGCUAACAAUCAACACAGGCGUACCUCAAGGAUGUGUGCUUAACCCACUGCUCUACUCUCUCUACACUUAUGACUGUGUGGCUAGGCACAGCUCAAAUGCCAUCUAUAAAUUCGCCGAUGACACCCCUGUUGUUGGCAGAAUCUCAGAUGCCGAUGAGGAGGUGUACAGAAUUGAGAUAAAUCA